GGAGCCGGAAGUGGGGGUGGCAGGGAUAGAAACCGCAGCCGAGACAGCAGUCACUGACGCUGCUGCCGCCCCGGGGUAGCGUGUCACCUCGAGCGCUCUAGCCGUAGGUGCCUCCUCUGGCCCCAGGGGGCUCCGGGAGCCCUAAGCGGGGGACGCCUCCCUUUAGCGAGGAGGCGGUCUCGCAGCCCCGGAUGCGGCCAGAGGGCACUGGAAUGGAGCUCGGCGGCUGCGAGGAGCGCCUGCCGGAGGAAAGCAGGAAGGAGCACUGGCAGUUGCUGGGUAAUUUAAAGACUACUGUGGAGGGUUUGGUGUCAACCAACAGCCCCAACGUCUGGUCCAAGUAUGGUGGCCUGGAGCGGCUUUGCAGGGACAUGCAGAGCAUCCUCUAUCAUGGGCUCAUCCAUGAUCAGGUGUGCUGCCGCCAGACUGAUUACUGGCAAUUUGUGAAAGACAUUCGAUGGCUCAGUCCCCACUCAGCCCUUCAUGUGGAGAAGUUCAUCCACUUACAUGAGAAUGGCCAGACCAGUGGUGAUGGUGUGAGUGAGCGUGCCAUUGCAGAGUUGUGGCUGCAGCACAGCUUGCAGUGCCACUGUCUGUCAGCCCAGCUCCGACCUCUGCUCGGGGAUAGACAGUAUAUCAGAAAAUUCUACACAGAUUCUGCUUUCCUGCUAAGUGACGCCCACGUCACGGCCAUGCUCCAAUGCCUGGAAGCAGUGGAACAAAACAACCCCCGCCUCCUGGCUCAGAUUGAUGCAUCUAUGUUUGCCAGAAAGCACGAGAGCCCGCUAUUGGUGACAAAGAGCCAGAGUUUGACAGCUCUGCCUGGUUCCACAUACACGCCUCCAACCAGCUAUGCUCAGCAAUCCUACUUUGGGUCCUUCUCUAGCCUGCAUCAAUCCGUACCCAACAACAGCUCAGAUAGAAGAUCUAAUUCUGUUUCACUCUCUGGCCUACCACGGAAACUUCAAGAAAGCAGAGGGAACGUCACACCAGUGGAAGAUCAAACCAUCCAACCCUCCCAGCUCUCAGUCUCUGCACUAGCCAGGGAUUCCCCUUCAACCCCAAAUGAGAUGAGUUCCAGCACUCAGACCAGCCCCAUAGAGGCAUCCUGGGGCAGCAGCCAAAAUGAUUCCCCAAGUGAUGCCAGUGAGGGCCCUGAGUACCUGGCCAUCGGCAACCUGGAGCCCCGAGACCGGACUGCCAGCUGUCAGAGUCACAGCAGCAACGCCGAGAGCAGCAGCUCCAACUUAUUCUCCUCUAGCAGCUCUCAGAAGCCAGACUCUGCUGCCUCUUCCUUAGGGGACCAGGAUGGUGGUAGAGAGAGCCAACUGUCCAGUGUGCUUCGUAGGUCCAGCUUUUCAGAGGGCCAGACACUCACUGUCACCAAUGGGACAAAGAAGAGCCACGUUCGCUCCCAUUCAGAUACCAACAUUGCCUCCAGAGGACCCCCAGAAUCCUGCAAUGAUAAGUCGAAGUUGAAAGGCCCCUUAUCUGGUCAAGGCAGUGAAGGCAGCACACCCAGCUCUCUGUACAUGGAGUAUGAGGGUGGUCAGUACCUAUGCUCAGGAGAAGGGAUGUUCCGAAGACCAUCAGAAGGACAGUCACUCAUCAGCUACCUCUCUGAGCAAGACUUUGGCAGCUGUGCAGACCUGGAAAAGGAGAAUGCCCACUUCAGCAUCUCAGAGUCCUUGAUUGCUGCCAUUGAGCUGAUGAAAUGCAAUAUGAUGAGCCAGUGCCUAGAAGAGGAGGAGAUGGAGGAGGAAGACAGUGAUAGAGAAAUCCAAGAACUGAAGCAGAAGAUCCGCCUUCGACGCCAGGAGAUCCGAACCAAGAAUAUGUUCCCCAUAUACCAGGACACUGAGCAUGGAAGCUGUCGAGUCACCUCCAGCAGCUCCCAAUUCAGUUCACGUGAUUCAGCACAGUUUUCUGAUUCUGGCUCUGCUGAUGAGGUUGAUGAAUUUGAAAUCCAAGAUGGUAGCGAAGGAUCUAACCUGACUCACAUGUCAAAGAAUGGACUCUCAGUGUCGAUGGCCUCCAUGUUCUCAGAUGCUGACAUCAGAAGGAGCACAGCCUCAAACAACAAGUCCUUCAUUUCCUCUCAGUCCUUCUCCCACUGCUUUCUGCACUCCACAUCUGCUGAGGCAGUGGCCAUGGGGCUCCUGAAGCAGUUUGAGGGGAUGCAGCUUCCAGCUGCCUCGGAGCUGGAGUGGCUAGUCCCAGAACAUGAUGCCCCUCAAAAGCUCCUGCCUAUCCCUGACUCACUGCCUAUCUCGCCGGAUGAUGGGCAGCAUGCUGACAUCUAUAAGCUGCGUAUCCGUGUUCGUGGCAACUUGGAGUGGGCCCCACCCCGGCCUCAGAUAAUUUUUAAUGUUCAUCCAGCCCCAACGAGGAAAAUUGCUGUGGCCAAGCAGAAUUACCGCUGUGCGGGAUGUGGCAUCCGGACUGACCCUGACUAUAUCAAGCGGCUGCGGUACUGUGAGUACUUAGGCAAGUACUUCUGUCAGUGCUGCCAUGAGAAUGCCCAGAUGGUCAUCCCAAGCCGGAUCCUACGCAAGUGGGACUUUAGCAAGUACUGUGUCAGCAACUUCUCCAAGGACCUGCUCAUUAAGAUCUGGAACGAUCCUCUCUUCAAUGUGCAGGACAUCAACAGCGCCCUCUAUAGGAAAAUCAAGCUGCUCAAUCAAGUCCGACUGCUGCGGGUCCAGCUGUAUCACAUGAAGAACAUGUUCAAGACAUGUCGUCUGGCCAAAGAGCUUCUGGAUUCCUUUGACACAGUCCCAGGCCAUCUGACAGAAGAUCUCCACCUGUACUCACUGAACGACCUGACUGCAAUCAGGAAGGGGGAACUGGGGCCCCGGCUUGCCGAGCUCACCAGGGCAGGGGCUGCUCAUGUAGAACGAUGCAUGCUCUGCCAAGCCAAGGGUUUCAUCUGUGAGUUCUGUCAAAAUGAGGAUGACAUCAUCUUUCCUUUUGAGCUCCUUAAGUGCCGGACCUGCGAAGAGUGUAAAGCAUGUUACCAUAAAAUUUGCUUCAAAUCUGGAAGCUGUCCCCGGUGUGAACGGCUACAGGCCCGGCGGGAAUUGCUGGCCAAGCAGAGCCUGGAGUCCUACAUGUCAGACUAUGAGGAGGAGCCCACUGAAGCCUUGGCCCUAGAAGCCACUGUCCCGGAGACCACCUGAAGAACGCACAUCAAGCCCUCUACGUGGAGGCUGGGGUCGUACAUAGUGCACAGCUGAGCCACCCUAUUAAGGACUUUCCCCACUUGGGGCUGUUUCUUUAUUUUUUUUGAAAUUAUCAUCAUUAUUAUUUUUUAUGACUUGUCUGGUGUUUGUGUGUAGUCGGCCUUUGAUAGGUUGAUGGGGUCUAGCCUGUUGUGACAAAUAAGUUGUAAGCACCAGGUAUUUCCAUCAGAACUGACAUGUAGAUUCUUAAGCAAAGUUUCCUCUUUCGGGGGAAUGGACGAUGAGACCCAGUUCUUCUGACAAACAUGGCCUUCUCUACUAGGACCAGAUCUGGUUUUAGCCAUAUCUCAAAUAUGAUUUCCAAUUUUAUUUUGUUUUACUUCUGGAGCUUCUGAGCCAGGCCUUUCUUAACCAACUGUCUUCUCCUUUGCUGCUAAAACAGAGGGAUGGAAUUUUCUCUCUCCUAAUCCUGGAACAGGGUCAGACUACCCUGAGGAGAAGCAGCAGAGAAUGGGACUGUAUCAUGGGCAUUCUUUCCAGCUUAUUUCAGUGUUUGAGGGGGCCAUAAAAACAGAAUCAUUACUAUCCUAGAAUCUUUAGAGACUUCAAAGAGGCAGCCAUGACUUCCCUGUUUGAAAUAUUUUUGGCAUAGAUGUUAUCAUAAGCUGACUUUAUCUACCCUAGAGUGCUUAAAGCAAGGAACAGAACUUAUGCUUAGACCAGGCCUGUUUGUAGCCUUAUUUCACAAGCAUAACUGAGGCUAUAACUCUAUUUCUUAAGGGACAUUUAGUCAGUUAUAGGAACUGUUGGCCUCCUUUUAGGCGUUCAGGUCUCUUUUAACCUAGUUCUUUGGUGCAAGUAUGAUCUUUCAAACUUGGAUAAGUCCCUGAUGCCAUGCUGUGCUACUAUGCUAACGUGAGGAUAGAAAUCCCACUCACCAACUUAGUGGGUUCCUUAAUACUACAUCCUCUAUCAGAUGGUCAUUAUGGUUCUGAGUAAAAGUAAGGCCCAACUUCGUUCUCUUUCCCCUUCCUGCAACAGAGCUGGGACCCUUCUUGGUAACUGAGCGUCUUUUGCCUUAGUUUCUUUUGUCAAAGUUGGAGAAAAGCUUUCUGCUAAUCGUGGUGUUAUAGGACCUGAUUGUGAAUAUUCUUGUGUUCUUAGGAUAACAAGAGCCUUUAUGCCAAUUAUGCACUUAAAUCUUUAUCAAGCUUGAUGGUAUUUUUAUGUUCAGUCAUCCUUUUCAUUUUACUGAUUUUAGCAUUACCCAUCCCCACCACCACCUUUUUAAUGUGUUUUGAUGUUAAGAUUUCUUGGAUGGGACCGUAUAUCUGUCUGUGGUGGUCUUUAAGUUGCUAUAGCUGCUAACCUUUAUGAAAAACACUGGUCAAAGUUGUUUUCUGAGGGUUGGCAGCUCAGUGGACUAAAGUCCACAGCAUUUUUGUUCUGAAAUUGACUUUUUCCUGUUUACCUGUCUUCCCGUAGUUGGUUGCAACUAGAAAAAAUGUAGCCUGGCUGCUGCCCCAGGAAACUGAACAGAAAGUUGCACUUGGUUGGUGGAAGCUGAUGAUGAGUGCCUGAGCUGCAGGUAACAAGAAGUGUCACAAGGAAGUAGGAGGGGCAUUACGGUAAUGUCCAGACUAGGGCUCCACCAGAGCAAGGGGGAACGUGCAGGAGUCAGCCUGUGGUGUUGGUCCCUGUGCCUCAAACUUGGGAUCUGAAAGCUACAUUGGGCUGGAAAACCCGGAGACUAUUCCCCCUUCAGUUCAUGGUGUAGCUUCAAAAGCCAAGGCCCAACCCAGUUUUGAAGAGCUGAUAGAGAUACUGCUGAUAGAGAUAGCUGAUACUUCAAGGAGCUUUGGGAAUGACUCCACAGAACUCAACUCUCACUAAGGGUUAGGCCCCAGAUUCAAAGUCAGGGGGUAUAACGGUGGUGAUCUCUACUUCCAGUUUUGGUUUAAAUUAUAAAUGCACUCUUUACUCCAAGUCACUACACUGGAGGAGAGGCAUAGUCUCUUAUCCUGCCUGUUUUAUGUGAGCAUUGGAUCGAAGGAUAGAAAAUGCUGACACAGUUUCUACAGCUGAACUUAGCCUUAUGUACUCCUGUUUUCAUUUCUUUCUCUUCACCUCUGUGUCCAAUCCCUUUAGAUUAUGUAUCUGUUUUAGUGACCCUGCCCCUGUGCUGUCUUCACUAUCCGAAUACCCAAAUAAAUACUUAUUUAUUUAUUAGAGAGUGAUGGAGAAAAGGCAGAGAAUGGGACAUUUUGAAAGCACUUUGCAACUUACCAGUAUCUGAAAAUCCUCUGCUCUUAUGGGGAGAAGAUUUGAAUGCACUGAAGAGAGUUCCUUCUAAGUGAAAUGGAAGGGAAGUGUUUUCUGUAAAUAAAGGGAAAAAACAGUUUGCUUCAAGGUAGAGCCAAGAUUCAAGACAUAGCAGAAGAGUGGAAGACAAAUAUUUUCCACUUAAAUGAGGCUGUAAUUGACUCUCUCUGCCAAAGCUUUAGAGCUUUUGUCAAAUUAACAUAAAAGGAAGCAAAAGUCUAGAUAGAGAUGUUCUUUUGUGUACAACUUACGUUCUGAAUUGGAUUUCCACUUGCCGUAAUUGUUGUGCACAGCCUAACUGUUCGUUGUCAUCUUUAAUAAA